AUGAUCCAUAAACAAGUAGAGGUUUACGUUGAUGACAUGAUUGUUAAAGCCAAAGAGCGAGAGGGACACUUACCUGCACUCAGGAAGUUCUCCGAAAGGAUCAGAAAGUACAAAAUUUGCCUCAACCCGGCCAAAUGCACAUUCGGGGUCACGGCUGGAAAAAUGCUCGGAUUCAUGAUUACCACUCGGGGUAUCGAGGUUGACUCUUCAAAGAUUAAGGCUAUUCUAGAAAUGGAGCCACCACGGUCCGAAAAGGAUGUAAGGAGCUUCCUUGGCAAGGUGCAGUUUAUCAGUUGGUUCAUUGCUAAACUAACUUCAACUUGUGAACCAAUCUUUCAUUUGCUUAAGAAAGGUGUGCCAUUCAAAUGGGACGAUAAGUGUCAGAAGGCCUUCGAAGCAAUCCGAGCUUAUCUACAAAAUCCACCAGUGUUAAUUCCCCCCGUAUCAGGAAAACCUUUGAUCCUAUAUCUGUCAGUCACUCUAUUCUCCAUGGGAUGUAUGUUGGCACAGGAAGGAGACGAUGGGGUUGAAAGAGCUGUGUACUAUCUGAGCAAGAAGAUGGUCGGAUGUGAAGAGCGUUAUACUCCAUUGGAGAAGACGUGUUGGGCGCUUGUCUGGGUUUCCAAGAAAUUGAGACAUUACAUGCUAACCUAUCCAGUUAGUCUAGUUUCUCGAAUGGAUCCCCUCAAGUACCUGUUCGAGAAACCGGCCCUUACGGGAAAGAUGGCACGAUGGCUACUGAUGUUGUCAGAAUUUGAAUUAAAGUAUGUCACCAGGAAGUCCAUAAAGGAAAGAGUUGUUGCUGACUUCUUAGCAGACUACCCAAUUGAAGGAGGUGAAGAUGCUGAGUUCAAGUUGCCUGUCGAAGACGUAAUGACUCUUGUUGAAGAUGUUUGGAAGUUGUAUUUCGAUGGGCUGCUAAUCAGAAACGAGUACGAGGCUUGCAUUGUAGGUAUGGAAGCAGCAAUUGAAAUUGGUAUAGAGAAAUUGGAGGUCGUAGGAGAUUCCAACCUGGUAACUUUUACUCGUGUGCUGAGACUCAAGAAUCAGUUUGCAGACGCCUUGGCCACAUUGGCAUCCAUGGUUGAAAUUCUCAUUGGUGUGAAGCUACGGCCGAUUGUAAUCGAACAAAGGGAUACACUGGUAUAUCAACAUGUCAUGGUCGUUGACGAGCCCGAUGAUGGUCACCGUUGGUAUUACUACAUUUGGAGAUUCGUGGAAAGAGGAGAAUACCCCACUGAAGCAAGCAAGAAAGAUAAGAUCGCCCUCAAGAGGAUGGCGGCUCAAUACAUCAUCUGCGGUGGAAUUCUAUAUUGGAGGUCAUAUUGCGGCAUGCACAAGUUAUGCAUCCAUGGUGCAGAAGCAAGAAGGGUAAUGAAGGAGAUUCAUGAAGGCGUGUGUGGCCCUCGCAUGAAGAGCAUGAUGCUUGCCAAGAAGAUCCUCAGGCAGGGGUAUUUCUGGUCCACCAUGGAGACAAAAUAUGUGGAAUACGUGUGGCGAUGUCACAAAUGCCAGAUCCAUGCCAACCUUACGCAUGUCCCGCCCUCCAAACUACAUCAAAUGACCUCGCCAUGGCCUUUCUUGGUGUGGGGAAUCGAUGUCAUCAGGAGAAUUGUGCUGGCAGCUUCUAAUGGCCAUAAAUUCAUCUUAGUGGCCGUUGAUUACUUCACAAAAUGGGUAGAAGCUGCUUCUUAUGCCACUUUAACUGCAAUACAAGUCGCUCACUUUAUCAAGCAAAAUGUCAUUGUAGGUGGAUAA